AUGGGGAGGAUGCUGCUUUGGGCUGGUCUGGCUGUGCUGCUUCAGCUGCAGCUUGGUACAGCCACGAAGCUUGUGUGUUACUUUACCAAUUGGUCCCAGUACCGCCCAGAUCCUGCCAAAUACAUGCCAGAGAAUGUGGACCCGUGCCUGUGCACACAUCUCAUCUACGCCUUUGCGACUAUGGCCAAUAACAAGAUUGCACCCUACGAAUGGAAUGACGAUGUCCUCUACCCCCGGUUCCAGGCCCUCAAGCAGCAUAAUGCAAACCUGGUUACCCUCCUGGCGAUUGGCGGAUGGAACUUUGGCACCCAGAAGUUCACCACUAUGGUGGCCACAGCUGGCAAUCGUAAGAUUUUCAUUGACUCAGUGAUUGAGUAUCUCCGACUGUACGGGUUUGAUGGCAUUGACCUUGACUUUGAGUACCCAGGAUCCCGAGGCAGUCCACCUGAGGAUAAACAACGUUUUACCAUUCUGAUCGAGGAAAUGUUAGCAGCUUUUGAAGCUGAAGCCCAAGCCACAAGACGCCCACGUCUGCUGAUCUCGGCAGCUGUAUCUGCAGGCAAAAGCACGAUUGAUGCCGGUUAUGAAAUCGCCAAGAUUGGAGCGCUUCUGGACUUCAUCAGUGUGAUGACCUAUGACUUUCAUGGAGGUUGGGACACUGUCACAGGACACAACAGCCCACUGUACCAGGGUUCUGCUGACCAUGGGGAGUUUAUCUACUUCAACACUGAAUUUGCCAUGAAAUAUUGGAGAGACAAUGGGGUUCCUGCUGAGAAGCUCAUCAUGGGGUUCCCCACUUAUGGACGGACCAUGCGCCUCACUUCUUCAGAUGUGUCUGUGGGAGCGCCCAUCUCAGGACCAGGGUCCAUUGGACCAUACACUCGGGAGGCUGGCUUCUGGGCCUACUAUGAGAUCUGCACAUUCUUACGUGAGGCCACCACCUCAUGGAUUGAAGACCAGAAGGUUCCCUAUGCCUACAAAGGAAAUGAGUGGGUUGGGUUUGACAAUACUGAAAGCUAUGAGCACAAGGUGGCAUUUCUGAAGGCUAAUGGGUUUGGUGGUGCCAUGGUUUGGGCUCUUGACUUAGAUGACUUCCUGGGCAAUUUCUGCAGUGAGGGUUCAUAUCCUCUCCUCUCUAAACUCAAGUCUCUGCUGGGGCUGCAGACACCAGGCUGCAUCACUCCAGAGCCUCCCAAGCCCACACCUCCCAGUACAUUCUGUGAAGGUAAAGCUGAUGGCAUCUACGCCAACCCCGAUGACCCAUCCAGGUUUUUUGAGUGUGCUAAUGGUAACACUGUGGCAAAAAGAUGUCCAGAGAGCCUCGUGUUUGAUGAAAGUUGCAAGUGUUGUAACUGGCCUUAA